AAGUGCAGCUCAAAAAAUGGCUCGAGCCACGCACGUGAAACCGCGGAUGUGAUUUCCAAGUUUUUCGGUGCCAAUGGUUUCUGAGAAGCAGAGCCGUGAGGACGUGGUCGCCGAUACUGCGUUUGCGGCGGCAUGCACGGAGUUCCAGAAGUAUUAUGCAUUGUAUGGCAAGGAGGAGUGGUGGUGGAUCAUGGAUGACUCCAUGGAUGCCAUUGGUGCUCAGCUGAAUAAGCAGGGCUACUGCAUUAUUGAUGGCUUCCUCACCGCUGACCAAGCGCAACAGCUACACAAAGAGGUCGCUGAAUGCCACGCAGAAGGUCGCUUGGAAGGCGGAGGUUUGGUCAACGGCAAGCUGCCUUCAUCCGAUGAUGCAAAGUAUGCGGACAGAGCCACUAGAGGCGACGUGAUUGGUUGGUUUGACAGCACGGAGGAUGAGUGGCCGCAUGGGAGGGGACUGGAAGGCUACCUGCUGAAGCUCGGCACACUCGUGUCAGAGCUGCAAAGGCCCGUUCCGCACCUGGCGAAGAUCACUUCCCGCUCCAAGGCGAUGGCAGCUUGCUAUCCUGGAGGCGGCGCGCGGUAUGUGAAGCAUGUGGACAAUGACGGGAAGCACCCGCUCUGCAAGACUCGGCUUUUGACCGCCUUAAUCUACCUGAACGGCUCUUGGCAUCAGGGUGAUGGAGGAGAGCUGGCAAUCUUCAGGGCAGAGGAUGAGCAUUCUUUGCGUCGCACAGUGCCUCCCCUUCAGAAUCGCUUGCUUUUGUUCUGGUCGGACUGGCGGACACCCCACGAGGUGAGACCCGCGCAAAAGCCGCGGUACUCGGUCACAGUGUGGCUCCUGGACAACACGCAGAAGGUCGAGGAGACAGCUCAGCCAGCGAUUCCGGCAAAUUUGCCACCCCCAAGCACAGCAGGUGAGUGUGACUACGAGUGGCAGCAGGCAGCUACAGGGUGGGAUUUGAAGGUGCGCUUGCCGGAAGACAUGGCGGCAGAGUGUCCCGUGCUAGACAUAUCUGACGUACAGGUCAGGGUUGCUUCAAGCAGUGGCGAGCCGCUUUUGUGCCUCCCCCUGCCAUGCUGUGGAGAUGCCGUGCCAAAGUGGUCCCGGAAAAGGCGCCAGCUCACGGUCCACUUCUCCGACCUGAGAUGCCUGGCUGACAGCGCGGGGCAGUUUGCGGCCCAAUUGGCAUCUCAGGGCUGGGGUGUGAUCGAUGGAUUUCUGCCGGGGCCAGAAGCUGACGAGCUCAGGCAGUUUGUCCUGGCAGAGCGGGCAGCUGGAAAGCUGCAAACGGGCAGAAAUGCGCAUGAGGGCCCGCGAAAAGCAGACAACGCAGAGGGCAAGUCGCCCAUGAAGAACGACGAGUACAACUUCCUGGAGGGAGACCCUCCCGCAGUUCUCCGAGGGUUAACUCGACGCUGCAACCAGCUGCUGGCCAAACUGCUGGUGGCUGAUCAGCUGCCGCUGCAUGGGAAGAACCUGCUCCAGGGACACCCCAUGCUGGCAAUAUAUCCUGGCACCGGCGCAGCCUAUGGCCGGCAUCUGGACUCAACUGUUGGCGGCCGUGGUGCGAAUGGCCGCGUGUUGACCCUAGUGCUCUACCUCAACCCCUUUUGGAAAGCUUCCCAUGGUGGCUGCCUGAAGUUGUUGCAAGAGCUGGCCGACAAAGAUGGCAUUGAGUUGGAACCACUGCAUGGUCGGCUGGUUGGGUUUCUCUGUCAGGACCAGAAUCCUCAUGAGGUUUUGCCAUGUUGGGCAGACCGAGUGGCAGUGACCGUGUGGUAUUACGAUGGUGAUCGUUUGACAGAACGUUGUUUGGGUGACGAGGGCAGUCUGGUUGGCGUGUUUGAAGGUGGCUGAUCAUGGCUUCGCUUACUUAGCGGAAGAAGUUUCGUGUUGCGGUAGGCAAAGCCCUUCCCUGCAAGUGCGCUGCCAGGCCAUGUGUUCCGGCUUGGGCACGCAUUCAGCAGUUUCUACCCUUGAACGUCUUGCUGCAAGACAUAAGGGAGGCA